AUGCCCUCCAUCAUCACAUCCGCCAUAUACUUCCCUUUCCUCCUCAUAUUCUCCAUCCCUCUCGCCUUCACCGCAUAUCUCACCGUCUGCGCCUCCAUCCUGGUUGUCUUCGCGCGGCUCUCACUCAUCUCCCUCGAACUAGGACGAGAGCUUUUCUAUGCCGUCGUGUCAAAGAACUUCAUCAUCCCCAAGUCCGACAGCUGGUCGCUGUUCAACUUCGCUCCAUCAGAGCCAACGACCCCUCGCUCCGCCCCGAGGAGGCGAUCAGGAGACCAUGGCGCGCCACAUAUGCCUACAACCCCCACCUCCCAGCACUGGUCGUCUCGCAGCCAGCCUGACCUGAGCCACCGGCCCUUCAGACGCACCAGCUCAAUAUCAUCAGACGGCGUGGCCGACCACGACCACUUCUUCUACAACCAGGACGUCACGGGCCGACCAAACUGGGACGAAGGACGCCGACCUACGCCUUUGUCCUUCUCCGGCGCCUUCCAGGGCUUCAUCAGCGGCGACGAGGGCCGCGACUUCGAGGGUCUGGGCGGCUGGCGCUGCGGGCCGUCCAUCGCGUCGAGACUCCACAGUGCAAACACCCACCCGUCGCGCACAUCCUCCACGUCAUCUCGGAGCCGCCCCGCCAACGACGCAGUCGACGAGGCGGCGGCCGCCGACGACGACGAAGACGACCCCGACGAGCGCGCCUGGCUGUCCAUCAACCGUCGGCUGGCCCUCCCCUCGCAGCCGCUGAGCCAUCGCAACUCCGGCACCGAUCUCGGAGAGCACAUCCUGCCCUGGCGACAUCGCCAGAUGGUGGCAUCCCCUGGUGCUGGGCGCGAGUCGCCCACCCGGCGCCACCACAAUCGCUCCGCGACAACCUCCAUGCUUGUGAGCCUGGCCCGCCGCGAACGACCGCUCAGCCCGUCCGGCGUGUCCCUGUCCACGACGCCGGCCUUGAGUCCCUACUCCAGAGCCAUCUCGCCCCGGUCCCAUUCGCAGGCGCCGUCCCCCGUCACGGUGCCCACCAUCGAUAACCAGAUCUCCUCCCCACCGGUUGACCGUAGUGGCGGGUACUUUGCGGCUCGGCCCGGGGGUAGUAGUGCGGCCAGUAGCGCUACCUCGCCGGAAGACACGACGCCGAUGGAAGAACGCCGACCCUCCAGGGCGGCCGGGCGAUCGGUGGCCCACUAUCCCGCGGGCGUGAGGUAUCGUCGACGUAGCCUUUCAGGGCCGAAUCCGGCGGGGUUAUUUAGUCCGUGGAGUACGCGGACGUAG